CAACCCGGUUUCAGGCAGUCUGUCGAUGUCCUUGGUAGGAACACCAUCACCAUGGGACUGAUCACACCGUUGCUAGCGUGGGCGUUGUUGGGCUCAGCCGUGGGCGCCGCAGCAGAACCCGCCGGGCGCCAUGUCGUGUACCUGAGCCAGAACAACUACCCGUCGCUGCUGUACAUCAACUCCGCCCAUGGAACAGCCUCUAUGGACCACCGGGCUGACACCUCUGACAUCAUCCAGCUGAUUCUUCAUCCGUCGAAUCCGGAAGCCAAACAGACGCGCCGCGCUGCCGUCGUGCUCACAGGGGACGCCCAAGGAACACUGACCCUGACGCAGAGCAACCCUCCUGUAGGACCCACUGUCAUCGAGGGCGUGAUCUCUAACCUCUCCCCGGGACUGCACGGCUUUCACAUCCACCAGCUGGGCGACCUGACCGGAGGAUGCGCGUCCGCCGGAGGCCAUUACAAUCCGUAUAUGGCGCCCCACGGCUCCCCCGAGGACCGCGAGAGACACGUCGGUGACCUCGGCAACAUCCUGGCUGACGCGACCGGCCGGGCAGAGGUCAACAUCACUGACCCCCUGGUGACCUUAGUGGGACCUCGUACGGUGCUGGGUCGUGCGGUCGUCGUCCACGCGGGUGAGGACGACCUCGGCGACGGAGGCAACGACGAGAGUUUGAAGACUGGCAACGCUGGCGGUCGGGUGGCGUGUGGGGUCAUAGGUCACGCUUGAGGGAUGUCAGAGGUCAAUUGUGACGGUGUAUGUUUUUUUUUUUUAAUUAAUUUUCAUCUUUACAUGACCUGUAAUGAAGAACGAAACAAACGACUUGCAGAAACAAUACAAUUGAGAUUU